AUGAGAUUCAGAGAAUUGCUGCUGCUCUGCUCCUACAUAACUUCUUCUCCCUUGCUUUCCGAGGAGCAACCUGACUUGACGAACUUGCCUGCUGAAGAUCAAUCUACAAAGUCGAACAAAGAUAAACUAAAAGAAGAGUUGAAAAAGUGGGAUGCGGAUAUGAUCUUCUCAAAUGCCUUAGAGUCAUUUAUGAGAAGUAGAGAGUUCAACGAGGCAUUUUUCGCCUUCUUUCAUUGA